GUGACUACCAACCAGAGGUACUUUUACCCCAGGGGGUGCUUGUGCAUUUGCCUGGAGGUAUGUAGAAAGAUUGCGAAGUGGCUCAACUAAUUUUAAAAAAUGGAAAUUAUGAUUUGAUUAAAAGAAUAUAUCCACAUAUUAAGGCAGCUGUAACACUACUGUACCUGUUGCAAUUAUGUAAGUGUGUGUGCGAGCACAGAAGUCUAAACAGGUAGCUAAAAGUAAGGGAUAAACAGUUCAAAUGAUAUAGCUAAAAGUGUUGGAUAAAUGGCUAAAAUAAUUAGCUAAAAGUAAUGGAUAAAUUACAUUCAGCUUCACUCCAAGUGGUAGUAAUAUGAUUGCUGACCAAAUCUACCUUAACACUGACACUUCAACAAUAUGUAACAACAUCCACUUUUAUAUAAUCAAAAGUGUCAUACAUUUGGUACAUGAUAGGAGGCAAUCGAUGAAGCCGUACGUGAGUUCUAUUGACAGGGCUGUGGGGGUACCUUAGACCAAAAAGGUUGGGAACCGCUGUCCUAGAACAUCAGGAAGGUUCUCUGAAUGUUGAACAAGGUCCACCAUGGGUCCCUGCAAGGGCUCUAGUGUUCUACAACAAAUUUUUUUUAAUAUAUUAUCCCAUGAGUAAAAUCAGUUCCUUAAACUGUCUAAUAAGUUUAAUUUGAAAUCACAUUAAGUUGAAUAAUUCAAUACUACAUCAGCAAUAGGCUACAAUAUUUUACAACUAUUUGCACAAUAAUAUUACAUUUCCUUGUUAGUCAUGCUAGUCUGUCAAUAAAAACGAAGUAUUUCCGACGCGCCCUGAACGCAGCAUUCUAGCAGGUGUGGCGAGAAGUGAAAGUAAAAGUAUGUCCGAGGUCGUUUUCUAACAAUCUGCGGGAAUUUCUUGAAAGUGUGAAUCUUACAGCUGGAGCUGACAGCAGUGUAGAGGUGGACUGCUAAAGGAAUCAAUGAGUUACUUGGAAAAAUGUCGACAGUUUCUCGACAAUGCUUUUUCUCCUCCAGCAGCCAAUAAGUACCAUGGCUUGUUAAACCAAGGAGCAACAUGCUACCUGAACAGUGUGCUGCAGGUGCUGUUCAUGACCGAAGGCUUCAGAGAAGCUGUGGAAAGGCACACCUGUGACAAUCCUGACACAGAGUGUAUUGAUCAUCAACUUAAAACCUUGUUUGAUGACUUAAGAAGACAUACGGCAUACACCUAUAACAUCACAAAUAAGCUGAGCAUCGACAGAGUGUAUGAACAGCGUGAUGCUGCUGAGUACUUUGAAAAGAUUUUAAAUCUGACCAGUCCUAAAGCAUCGCAGAUCUUCCACGGACAGCUGACACACAAGACCAUAUGUUCUGCAUGUUGUACAGAGAUGGACACCAAUGGGGCAUUUUGGCAUCUUCCUCUUGCAUUGGUGGAUUCCUUCAGUGAAGAAUAUAGUGUGGUGAAUGGCAUUGAGGAGUAUUUCAGAGCUUCAGAUUUUAGUGGAGAAAACCAGAUGUACUGUGACCAGUGUGAUGCCAAAUCUGACGCUACUAUUAAAUGUGUCAUAAAGCAUCAUCCAGAGGUUUUGAUGCUGCUGUUGAAGAGGUUUGAGUUUGACUACCGGUACAUGACAUAUGUCAAAAUCAACUGCACUGUGGAUGUUCCCUGCACUCUACAGAUACCAGAGAAUCAGACAUAUGAACUGUAUGCGGUUGUGGAGCACUUUGGAGAUCUUAGAAGUGGACAUUACGUUGCAACAAUCAAGGAUGAUGAGAGAUGGUAUAGCUUCAAUGAUGACACGGUCACAUUGCUUAAUUACCAGCCUUUCCAGGUGGAUAACUUUGAGAAAUCCAGCAGUGCUUAUCUUCUUUUUUACAGGAAAGCUGAAGUGCAUGCUGCAGAUAGAUGUACUCAAGACAUCAGGGAGGUUUCUCCUCCUGGAGACUUCCCGCUUGCUACCAGCGAUAUCUACAACCAGUGUCAAGAUGCUGGAACGAUGAGAGAGAGAGAGGAGGCUGAGGGGGCAGCAGAAGCGGGUAAUGACACUACAGUGGCUGUUUCCAUCGACAAAAAUGAAGAAAUAGGAACUAAAGACAGAACAGUCAGUGUUGGGUCUCGAGGACUGGGGCUGUCACCUGACUCGUGCGUUAAUGUAGUUUAUACCAGGCAGAGCAUACCAUACAGUGAGUAUGAGUGUAAUGAGGAUAGGAAUGACUUGCGAAAUGCAGAAGCUCAUGACAAAUCAGAAAAGAGAGAAACCUUAUCUAGAGAAACUCAACUUCAAGAGAGUAUCAAGGAUCAGGACAAUGACAGUGGAAGACUAAAUGAUGUUAGACAGAGGAGACCACAGGAAGUCAGCAACAUGCCUGCCAUACAUGACUAUCCUGAACAAGUUUGUGUGGACAUGCAGAGAGAUGAGGAAGGGAUGGCAAUGGAUGGAAAUGGAGACAUGGAUGGAAAGAUGGCAGGUGAUGAACAGUCAGAAAGGAGAGGAAAAGCUUCAACAAAAUACCUCCACAGGGAUGCAGAGCAUCAGGACAAUGAAAGGUUAGAUGAUGUUAGACAGAACAUGAAUGAAAAUCAGGAGGGUAAACAGAAAAUUGGACAAGAUUAUGACCUUAAACCUGUUAGUGUGGACAAACAGGGAGACGGGGAGAUGAUGGAAAUAGAUGUUAAGGCCGACAAUGAAGAAAAAACUGGAGGUGAUGAAAGAGGGAUGGCAUCAGGGAGAGUAAAUCUAAAAAAUGACCUGAGCUGUGAUGAGAGUCAAGACAAAGGAAAUGGAAGAGUUGGUGAUAGUAAACAUAACAUGCCAAAAGAUGAUCAGAGGUGUCAACAGGGGAGCAGUAGCAACUAUGAAAGACAUGAAGGUACAAUGGAAGGAAGACAUGAUUCAAAGCAGUCAAGAAAAUGUCAUGGGAAGAUAAUUGAGGAAGAAAUAAAGGAAACCUCUAGUGGUACUCAAAGAACAAUCGAAACGAAGAACAUAAGCAUAGAAACUGUAGAAGGAACCUCACAAGAUGGCAGGAGUUGGGUAGAUAAUGUUAGACAGAACAUGAAUGAAAAUCAGGAGGGUAAACAGAAAAUUGGACAAGAUUAUGACCUUAAACCUGUUAGUGUGGACAAACAGGGAGACGGGGAGAUGAUGGAAAUAGAUGUUAAGGCCGACAAUGAAGAAAAAACUGGAGGUGAUGAAAGAGGGAUGGCAUCAGGGAGAGUAAAUCUAAAAAAUGACCUGAGCUGUGAUGAGAGUCAAGACAAAGGAAAUGGAAAAGUUGGUGAUAGUAAACAUAACAUGCCAAAAGAUGAUCAGAGGUGUCAACAGGGGAGCAGUAGCAACUAUGAAAGACAUGAGGGUACAAUGGAAGGAAGACAUGGUUCAAAGCAGUCAAGAAAAUGUCAUGGGAAGAUAAUUGAGGAAGAAAUAAAGGAAACCUCUAGUGGUACUCAAAGAACAAUCGAAACGAAGAACAUAAGCAUAGAAACUGUAGAAGGAACCUCACAAGAUGGCAGGAGUUGGGUAGAAAAUAACAAAAGAAAUGAUCCAAAAACAGAUGCAAAGGUCAGUUUGCCAAAGGGUUUUCAGGAUUUAACACUGAGUGGGUCACCAUUGCAAGAGGCACAGAAACGUAGAACCAAAAGAGUCAUUGGAAAUAAAACAAACAGUACAAUUUAUUUAAAUGCCAUAAAAAAGCAAAAUGUGUCUGAUGCACAAGAACAAGCUGCUGCAAUAAAACUUGCAAGUAAAAAAAAAACAAGGGCACAUAAGAAGAAAAGAAAAUUUCACUCUUCCCAGAAAAAAUCUACUGGGUGUUUUUGUUGGUUUCGGAAAAGCCGAAAAAAUGCAGACCAGACUUCAGAGUCGGAUUAAGACGAAAUACAUACUUUGUCCAGGACAACACAAAUUGUUAUUUUACAAGACUUCAUGUCUUUGUGGUGAUCCACAAUAUUGUAUUUUUAGUUUUGAAUUGAUGUUUAUUGAUACUUAGCAAUAUUGCACUCUACUUGCCAGAGACCAGUUAGCAAUUAGGCAGUAUGGACAGUACUAUAACACAGAAUAUUUCCCCUUUGAUCUUUUUGGUUAAUGCAGUUUGAGUGUCUGUUGGUACUGUAGUUUUUGUUUGUUCAGUUUGGUUCAGUUUAUUUAACAGAUCACUGUUGCUGGUUUUGAGGGAAUGUAAAAUGCAUCACUUCCUGUUUGCCACAGGAUUGUUUUUUUUGUGUAAAUAGCAUCAAAUGUAAACGGUUUAAUGAGAGAGAGUAACGCAAUGGAAACUGACUUUAAUGAAAUCACAUUCACAGACCGAAUGAUCAAACAUCUUGUCUUUUGAUGCUCUUCUCACUUUCUUUAAAUUUUAAAAUUUAUACAGUUGAAGAAAUGUAUUUCUUGUUAAAUUGUUCAUUUGUGUAUUACAUUAUAUAUUAUAUAUAUAUAUAUAUAUAUAUAUAUAUAUAUAUAUAUAUAUAUAUAUAUAUAUAUAUAUAUAUAUAUAUAUAUAUAUAAAAAUAUAAAUGGCAUAUAUAUAACAUCUAAUGGCAUAUAUAUAACAUCUAAUAUGAUCUCAGAGAAGAGAUUGUUUGAGGAAAUUAAAUUCAAAAAUAAAUCUUUUUAUUCUUUACUUUUAACAUGUUUAAUGUGUUUUCUUAUUUUACUGAUAAGUAUUGGAAUAAUUAGGUCCUUUGGUCUCAGCAUUGUUUACCAGAAGAGCACACUACACUUGUAAACUAUUACUGCAGUGCCAGCUGACUAAUGUUAUAGAUGCUUUAGAUUUUAUGUUUAUCACUUUGAACCAAACUAUUGUGGUGUUGUCAUUUACCUUUGUGUCAAUUGUGUGAUUGUGGUGGUUAUUAAAAAAAUUACAUACAUAAUAAAAACAGAAAAUGAAAUAAAUGCUUGGACAAGC